CGAGGUUUUAUUGUAUAUAGGUAUGGCAAUUGGGGAAUUUGCUUCACAUAUGCUUCGUGGUUUGCCCUUGGAGGACUAGCCGCAGUUGGUAAAACUUACAGCAACAGUCAAACUAUGCGCAAGGGAGUUGAAUUCCUACUCAAAAAACAAACAUUUGAUGGCGGUUGGGGAGAGAGCUACCUUUCAUGCCCUAAAAAGGAAUAUGUAGCAUUUCCAGAAAAUAGAUCAAACUUAGUACAAACUUCAUGGGCUAUGAUGGCAUUGAUUCAUGCUGGACAAGCAGAAAGAGACCCAACACCUCUUCAUCGAGCUGCAAAGCUCAUUAUCAAUUCUCAAAUGGAAAAUGGUGAUUUUCCAGAACAGGACAUAGUUGGAGUUUUCAAGAUGAAUUGUCCACUGCAUUAUCCAUUAUACAAAAACAUAUUUCCAUUAUGGGCGCUUGCAGAGUAUCGCAAUCGAGUUCUAUUGCCAUAAACAAAGAACAAGUAAAAAAUCGAAGCACUUAAUUAAUAAUUAAUGUGUGGUUAAAACUAAUAAAAAGAGUUGUGAGGUAAUAAAGCUCCAGCUUGGUGUGUACGUAGUUAUGAUUUAUGCUUAAGCAUAAGACAUUAUUAUGAGUACAAAUUAAUAAUAGACUUCGUAAUAAUAUCAAUUAUAAGAAGUCUUAAGCUUGAUGUUCACUUUCUCUAUUUGAAUAAUUUGAGGAAAAUGUUAAUUAUAUAUGCCUAUUAUUAUGAAAUAAAGAUUACUCUCAUAUUAUUGGUACA